AUGAUGUUCAACCGGGCCUCCCUGAUCAACGUGGGCUACCUGGAGAGUGGGAACGACACGGACUACCUGGCCAUGCACGACGUGGACCUGCUGCCCCUGAACGAGGCCCUGGACUACGGCUUCCCCCAGGAGGGGCCCUUCCACGUGGCCUCGCCCGAGCUGCACCCGCUCUACCACUACAAGACCUACCUCUUCAGGCCCAACGGCAUCACCACCGGGUACAAAACCUUCCUGCACCUCCAUGAUCCGGCCUGGAGGAAGAGGGACCAGAAGAGGGUGGCCGCCCAGAAGCAGGAGCAGUUUAAGGUGGACCCUGAGGGGGGGCUGACCAACCUGCAGUACCAGGUGGAGUCCCGGCAGGAGCUGACCAUCAGCGGCGCCCCCUGCACCAUCAUCAACACCAAACUGGUGUGUGACCAGGACAAAACGCCCUGGUGCAUGCUGGGAUAG